AUGGAGUUUGUGACGGCCCUUCGGGGUGGUUUUGACGACAACAAACCGUCGCUGUUCGAACUUCUCUCGGAGCAGCAACUCAAUGGCUUGCUGCCGCCCACGUUGCGAUAUCUUCUCACGGUCGCGACGCAGAGACAUCCCCGCUAUCUACUGCGCAUCUUCAACUGCUUCGACGAGCUCUACGCCUUGUCCAUGCUCGUCGUGGAGCGGCACUACUUGCGUACUCGAGGCGGAUCCUUCACAGAGAACUUCUAUGGGCUCAAGCGGGAAAAGGCCCUGCGGGGCGAGAUACCGCGGGCGAGCAUGUCGGCUCCGAACCUGGUACGCGAGACGCUCAAGCUGUCCGCGAGCGACGUUUGGAAGAACCUGGCCGUGCUCGUUGGUGUGCCGUACUUGAAGCGUAAGCUGGACGAGAGCUACCAAGUGAAUGCGCCAAGAGCGCUGCUGGGAUCGGCCUACAAUCGAAUGCCCGAGAACCCCACCGUCAAAGACAGGCUCCUGCAUCAUUACCGAUGGUUUUUAAUGAACAUAUUCCCGAGCGUAAACGCCGCUUAUUGCUUUGCCGUGUUGGCUUUCAACCUUGGCUACCUAUUCGACAGGACCAAAUACCACAACCCUCUCAUGUGGCUCAUCGGAACUCGUCUCCGCCGAAUGACGGGUGCGGAUUACCAGGUCAUCGAAGCGCUCUCGCAGCCCAAGCCUGGCAACCGACCCGGGUCCCGAUCGAUCCUCUCGCCGAGCGAGCUGGGCUCAAAGGUGUUGUCGAGCCUGUCGUUGCUUCUGCCCAUGAGCAUAUUCGCACUUAAAUUUUUGGAAUGGUGGUACCAAUCGGAUUUCGCCAAGCAGCUCUCCCGCAAGGCAACCGAGAAUAUUGAUCUCCCGCCGCCCAUCGUAAACGGCGUCGCCAAGAAAUCCAAGUCGUCUGAGAGUCCAGAGGCCAGGGAGGACAAGAAUGCCGAGGAUGGCCGUGACGAAACAUUAUGCGCUGAGGACGCACCAGUUGCAACGCCGUCUAUGCUGCCUACCUACGUGGUGUCGACUCCCGAGGACACCUCCCUGUGCCCGAUUUGCCAGGACGACAUUGUUACCCCGACAGCUUGUCAAACAGGUGUCGUGUAUUGCUACACGUGCAUUCACAGAUGGGUCGAGGGAACACACGACAAGCAAGAGCGUUUCAUGGAAAAGCACAAAGGAAACUGGGAGAGCGGCAUUGGCAGGUGUGCGGUUACUGGCAAACGCGUCCUUGGCGGAACUGAGGGCUUGCGAAGAAUCAUGAUCUGA